AUGAAUGAUGCUAAUUAUUCUUUAAUUCAUAAUACUAAAAAUAAAUUUGAGGAUGUAAAAGAACAAAACAAUGAAAGAAUUGAAAGUUGUGUGAAAGAUAAGUUACCUGAAAUUGUUAGCAAAAUAAAUAAAAAUAAUGAAAUUGGAAUUUUGAAGGAGCAAAAUUUUUUAAUUUCUAACACAGGAUGCUAUAGUUUGUCAAAAUUAUAUAGUAAUCGGAAUUGUACUAAUAGGAUAUAUAAUUCCAGUUAUAAAGAAAAGCCACCAUUAGUCAUGAAUAACUGUAAAAAAAUUUUGAGUGAGGGUGGCAAUAAUAAUGAAGAUAAAGGUAUUUUCACAGAUGUGAAAUCAGAUUCAAGCAAAGAUAAUAGUGAAGGAGUAUUUAAUAUUCCCAUUUCGCCUAAUAAAGCCAGGGAAAAAGACACAAAUGGUAUUAGUUCUGUUGAAGAUUAUACCAACACUAUGACAGAUUCAUCUGAAAAAAUAUUCAUGUAUACACUGACAAAGAAGAUAUUUAAACAAUUUAAAAGUAGAAAAGAAGCAGAAGAGUUUUCAAUUCAUGGAUCUGAAAUUAUUUCAAGCGAUGCACCUUCUGCCGUGACUGAUAAUGAAAAAGUUUUACCUUUUAAAAGGCCCAAAACUGAAGAUAUGAUUCAAUUUCGAAAAGAUAUAGAAAAGGGAAAUAUUGAAAUUGUUAAAGAAAAAAUAUUUGAAAAUCCAAAAUAUCUUGUCAGUAAUGGAGAUACACCAUCGAUUUUACAAGAAGGCUCUCGUUAUAAUGCAUUACACGUGGCAGCAAAAGCUAAAAAUGCUGAAAUAACUCAAUUAAUACUCGAUUCUAUAACUCGUAUUGAUUUUAUCGGGUACCUUUAUGAUGAAAAUGAUGUCGAAUCUUGUUUGGCAAGAAGUAAAAUUUUACUCGAUCGUUAUUUAAAUACUCCUGAUAAAGGUGCCAAUGAAACCCCUCUUCAUCUUGCCGUCAAACACGGUGCUGUUGACGUAGUGAAAGUUUUGCUGUCGUAUUCCCAAUGCCAAAAAAACAACGUUUUCAACAGAUAUAAUAAGCUCCCGAAGGAUAUAAUAUGCAGUCGUGUUACCGGACCUUGUGAAGAAACGAAAGCGACCAUAGCUUUAAUGUUGGAAGAACAAUAUUUCGUACCUGUUUUACGUUCGGAAGAUAAUUCAUUGCAACCUAAAGUGGGAGAAGCUUUUUCCAUAUCCAAACCAUUGAAAUUAGAGCACGAUUUGCUAAGUCCGAGAUUAGAAAUUCAAGCAUAUGCGGGACCAAUGAGUAAGGAAAAGGCUGACACUUUUAAAAAAAAAUGGAAAACUCCUCAACGUGCUGCAAAAGGUUCGGAUUCUCCUUUUGCUUUAAGAUUACGCGACACUGAAAAAGGACUUGAAAAGGCUGGAAGAGAUUUGGCGUCUGAAUUAAAUGUGCCUUGGCAAGAAUAUUGGUUUUUCUUAGAUACCUUCGUAGAUCUUUCAUCCGAAUCCGGACUUGAAUUACUUGAAAAUUAUUUGAAAAAAAGAUUUUCAGAAACAUUUGCAGAAAUGCGAGAAAAAAAUAAAAGUUUAUCACUCCUUCAUCGUGACAAUAAUGGUAAAAAAUUGAACGAAUUAUCAAAAAAUUACAGUAAAAAUCCGAUUGUAUACGUCGAGAGAUCAUGCGAAGUAUUGGGAAAGCGAAUCGGUGCUGCUUUAAAUUCUUCUCUUUUAUUUGAAAAUCAUUCGGAAUCUCUUAAAGAAUGUUUGGAAACUCAAAUAAGACACCUUCAGACCGUGAUUAAAAGUUACAAAGAAGAUUCGAGAUUUCAUUUAGUAGAUUUUCAAUUGAUUCAUUCGAGAGUGUCAACGGUAGCGAUACAAUGCUUGCAAAACAUGUCGGAAAAACAAAAACAAAUGAUUUUAAUGGCUUUGAAUGGAAUCGAUUGGAGCGGCGGUGCUUUGUCCGAUGAUGAAGGUCUCAAUUAUCGAAAUCAAGAUGUUUUAAGUAUAACGAAAAAGCACCUUUACUGCAUCGUUCAACAUCUUUCAAUGCAAUUGCAAAAUUACGAAGAAAAUUCCCGAAUAAAUUCAUCGUCCCUACGGGAUGACACGGAUUGCGAAAUGCUCUGGGCUCAAGCCAAACCCUGUAAAUGCAAUUGGGGUAAAAAUUUUACGAAAAGGAAUCGGGGAGGAUUAAAACGGAAACAGAGGAGGAACGAAUGUUAUUCCGAAACGGAUGUGUUGCCUAGAAAAAUUAUUUUCGACGAUGACGAACAACAAGAUGAAUUCGUAGAGGCCUUAAAUUUCGUGCCUGACGAAGAUGAAGAUACCUUUUCUACGCCUCCCUCUGGUAAUUCAGAUUCGGAAAAUGAAUGUAUGGAAGAUGUCAUGGAAACUCCAAACACUUUUAUUUUUUCCGGGCAUUUUCCUACUAAAACGGAUUACGACGUACUCGAAGCCAUUGAAAAAGUGCCUUUAUCAACUGAUAAAUAUCCAAAUAUUUGUUUAUGGCGACACAUAUUGAAAAUUCAGUCAAAGGACUCGGCCGUGGAUAAUCAUCAUAAUCAUUCAUAUUCGGAUUUACCGUAUAAAAAAUUAUCACAAAUCGAUAUCGUAAAAUCUAGUCCUUGUAAACUCAGUGAUAGGUCAUUUAAUUUAAACGAUUCUCCUCCUUUACCGGAAAGUGCAAUGGAGCCAUGGGAACGAGUAACCGGUCCAUAUUCUCCCAGAAGAACAAAUCGAUCUUCACAUUCUAUUAUUUAUUACGAAAAUUCUCCCAUUAGCUGA